CGGCGGCGGUUGCGGGGGGGGCUGCUGAGCGAGGCGAGGGGCGGCCUCCCCCCUCCCGGCCGGAGGCAGGGCGGCGGCGGGGGCGAGGCGGAGCGGCGGGGAAGGCAAGCCGGCAGCCGGAGCGGGCGUGUGAGCCCCAUGGGCCGAGCGCCUGCGAGAGGGGGAGGAGGAGCCGCCCCGCCGCCCGCCGCCCGGGGAUGGUGAGGAGGCGGCGGCUGCCGGGAGCCCAGUGAGGCCUUCGCUCGGCACCCGCCGGAGAGCCCGCCUCGCCAGCCUCCCCCUUCCCCCCGCUCGCUCGCUGGCUCGCUCCCCCCUUCCCUCCCCUUCCCCUGCCUCCCUCCCCGGCUCCCUUUCCCUGCCGCCGCCACCCUCCCAUCACCUCCUCCCCGGGCUCCAGCCAUGAGGGAUGUACAUUUCAAAAUACAGUUAUAAAGGGGAGUUACUAACACUUAAUUCAGAAGAAUAUUUGUUUACAGAAAUAGCUGAGAAGGAGAAAAACGGAAAAAAAACCCCCAUCCCUUUUGUGGAGCCUUCUGCGGGAGUUCAGGAAUUUCAACAGAGUGAUCUUUUGGCAUAAACUGGUUUUUCAAGAGACAUUCCUGCCAUUAUGAAUGAAGUAGCAAUAGUGAAGGAAGGGUGGCUUCACAAACGAGGAGAAUACAUAAAAACAUGGAGGCCGCGGUAUUUUCUUUUGAAGAAUGAUGGCACAUUCAUUGGCUACAAGGAACGACCACAGGACGUUGACCAGCGGGAAUCACCUUUAAAUAACUUCUCAGUAGCUCAGUGCCAGCUGAUGAAGACAGAACGACCUAAACCAAACACAUUUAUCAUUAGAUGCCUCCAGUGGACCACAGUAAUUGAAAGAACAUUUCAUGUGGAGACUCCAGAGGAGCGGGAAGAAUGGACAAAAGCCAUCCAAACAGUAGCAGACAGCCUCAAGAAACAAGAGGAAGAGAUGAUGGAUUUUAGAUCUGGCUCUCCCAGUGAUAAUUCAGGUGCUGAAGAAAUGGAAGUUUCUAUGACAAAGCCAAAACACAAAGUGACCAUGAAUGAGUUCGAAUACCUUAAACUACUGGGAAAAGGCACUUUUGGAAAGGUCAUUUUAGUUAAAGAAAAAGCAACUGGACGGUAUUAUGCUAUGAAAAUUCUGAAGAAGGAAGUUAUUGUAGCAAAGGAUGAAGUAGCGCACACGCUGACAGAAAACCGUGUUUUACAGAACUCGCGGCAUCCAUUCUUAACAGCUUUAAAGUAUUCCUUUCAGACACAUGAUCGCUUGUGUUUUGUUAUGGAGUAUGCUAAUGGAGGGGAGUUGUUUUUCCAUCUGUCAAGAGAGCGUGUCUUUUCUGAAGACCGGGCUCGGUUUUAUGGAGCCGAGAUUGUUUCAGCGCUGGAUUACCUGCAUUCAGAGAAGAAUGUGGUUUAUAGAGAUUUGAAGUUGGAAAAUCUUAUGCUGGAUAAAGAUGGACACAUAAAAAUAACAGACUUUGGACUGUGCAAAGAAGGCAUCAAGGAUGGAGCAACAAUGAAGACUUUCUGUGGCACUCCAGAGUAUCUUGCACCAGAGGUGCUGGAAGACAAUGACUAUGGUCGUGCAGUGGACUGGUGGGGUUUAGGAGUUGUGAUGUAUGAAAUGAUGUGUGGCCGGCUCCCUUUCUACAAUCAGGACCAUGAAAAGCUCUUUGAACUCAUCCUUAUGGAGGAGAUUAGAUUUCCACGCACUUUGUCACCUGAAGCAAAAUCUCUCUUGUCAGGUUUGCUGAAGAAAGAUCCCAAGCAAAGGUUAGGUGGCGGUCCUGAUGAUGCCAAGGAGAUUAUGCAGCACAAAUUCUUUGCUGGCAUUGUUUGGCAAGAUGUAUACGAGAAAAAGCUUGUACCUCUGUUUAAGCCACAAGUUACAUCUGAAACAGAUACAAGAUACUUUGAUGAAGAAUUUACAGCACAGAUGAUAACAAUCACUCCUCCUGACCAAGAUGACAGCAUGGAUUGUGUAGAUAACGAGAGAAGACCUCAUUUUCCUCAGUUCUCCUAUUCAGCCAGUGGAACUGCUUAAUGUUUUGCAAUGUUUUCCCAUUCAGAAACAAAACAGACUGCAUUUUGGGGACCUUACUUCAAUGGACACUAGAGAACUUUCUAUAUUAUCUGAAUUACAAACUGUGUUUGUAUUACAAUUUAGAUGAAUUUGUAGGAAGCCUCACAGAUUCUGUAUUUAAAACAAUUCUUUGAUGCAUUUUUGAGAAGGAAAACAAAUCCAUUCUUAAAGUAUUACGUCAAGGCUUUUAUGCUGAAUGACCACAGGUUUUUAAGAAUAUACACCAAAACUGUUUACUUUAGAAAUAAUUAAGGUAUUCAACAUAUCAGCAACUCUGACCAGAAAAUCCCCUUAUUUUAUUUAUUUCAUACAGUUCAUUAUCUAAAUAUAGAAUCUGCACUCUGAACAAUUAGAUUUAUAUAGGAAGAUAUAAGACUUUAGUAGCUAGUGCAAUAAUAUAAGCAACAAAGUGAACAAACUCUGGAGGGUUAAGGUUCAAACUCAUUUUGGACAGCAGUGAAGUGUCAUCCAACUCCAGAAAACCAACUAUAGGAACAGCAUUAAUGGCCUCAGUGAGGUAAAUCAAAAAGCAAAAGUUAUUUUUGUUAUAACAUCUGCUACAAGACAUUACAUAUCAAACUGAAUCCAGUGGAAUUGCCACGUCGUACAGAUGAGUAUUCCAUUCUAGACAGUGCAUUUAAUUAUUCCAUUUGCAUAGAGUGUAGGAAUACUUCAUAGGAUUGGCUUCUCAGAACCUAGAAAACGCCUGAUUUACCAAUCUAAUAUGAAAUGCAACAACACAAAAUCACCCACUUUUCACCACUGUAUAAAAAUACCAUGCAGGUCUAAGUGAGAAAUCAUCUUAAUGAGUGAGUCAGCCAGACAAAAGUACAUUUUGGCACUGAAGUAAUGACUUGUUGCCGCUGUUUUUUUUUUUUUUAUGAAAAGAUAUAUGAAUAUAUAUAAACACUUAAUGAUUUUUUGCAUCAUGCCAGAUCAUUUCUUCUUUCUUGAGUGUGCAUUAAAGGUAUCAGCCAACAGUUCAUGGUGCCUUCUCACUCUUGAAGAUUCACUUUAACAGUGUUUCCCAUGUAUAAGAAAAAAACUAGGUUGAAACUUCAUAUGUGUUUGAAUAAUAAUGGUGUUCAAAAAGUGAAUAUUUUUUUUUUUUUCAUUUUUAAUCUUAGUGGAAAAUUCCCCACACCAUAUUUUUGUUGUAUCAUGUUUCUUUGUAAUUUUCAUAAAAGCAGUCUUAUUCUGUCUCUGCUGCGAAUGAAUUUAUUCCAUUGUAGGUUGCGUUCUCUUAAAUAGCUUUUUUUUGUUUUUCAUUCUCUUGACUGUAUAAAAAAAUGAUGACAUGUACUGCAGUUAACUAGCAUUUAAUUUUUUUAUUUGAAAGGGAGUAUGUUAUGAAAACCCUCGCUUCCCAUUUCCAUCAGAAACUGCUGUGUUUGCACAGAGAGCCCAUCAUUUUGACUUUUUUUUUUAACAACAUUCAACUCUAGUAUUUUUACUCAUGGUAUGAAAGUUUCCCUCCAAAUACUUAAAUAAAAAUUGCUUUAACAA